AUGAAGCGCAACUUUGGCUCGCUCAACCUCACGGCACUCGACAUGAGCCGGCCACUGAGCACCAGUGCUGACUGCAGCCUGGAAGACCGUUUCUCAGCCAUGGGCCCGAGCGUCGAUGACUGUACUCCCAACGCCGGUGCCGAGGACACGAGCGAGGAUAGCGUGGGUUAUCCUCUCGAGCACUUGCACGUGGCGGCCGCCGACAGGCGCAGUGAGUCUGCUGCACCGGACGUGGACAUGGAGGAGACGUUGUGCGGGCCCAUUGAGGCGGUGGUGAGUCAAGCACGCAGGGACGACGGCAGUGGAUGUCUGCAACAGGGGCAGUGCCCGACGUCGCCCGAGAUGCCGCCGCAGCUGCCGCACGACAACGUGGAGCUCAACGCGCUAAGGCGUUUGAGUCUUAAGGUGAUGCUGUCGAACCUGUCGACCUCCAGCAGCAGCAGCAGCAACUGCAGCAGCAGCGGUACCAGCGGUGGCCCCAUCGCGAACGUCGCGUCCACUAAACCCAAGUGCGCGUCGUAUCCGGGCGUGAACGGUCGGGCGAAAACGGCGCUGCUGCCGAUUCGCCAUCCGUCAUUACAGAGCGUCUAG